AGAGACUUUGCUAUAAGCCAACCAACUUAAUUACUCUAAAACCAUUCAUGUUUCUAUGUCCAUGUGACUUUUGUGCAAGGCUAUAUCAAGAAGCUUAGCUGGGAUUAUACCAUCUGUUGUAGCAAUACACUCACGUCUACAAGUUUUGUCCACAGGGAAUCUGUCCUGAGAAUUACAAGGCAGCCUGCCUCAGCCUGCUCAGCCAUCUCCACCCUCUGGCAGAAUGAAUGCCCUCGAUGGCGUCCCUUUCAAGGUACCCAAGGGCUUUGUGAUAGGCACAGAGCUUCUCCCUGGGCCAGAACUCAGUGUCCCAGCCUGCAGCGAGCUUCUCCUGGGUUCUAUGCAUGACUUCAGCCUGGAGAGGAGGACCCUCUUCUGGGUGGAGGCUGUCAUCCGGGGACCCUGCCAGUUCCAGUGCGAUGCCCCCGGAACAGUGUCAGCCCCUCCAGCCUGGCUCUUGCUGGUGAGCCCGGAAUGCGGGCAGGUGCCUGCGCCAGCCGCAGCCGAAGGCCCUGAGGCUGGGCCCCAGGAGCAUCCAGAGGAGGAGGAAGUGGGGGAGCAGGAAGAGGAGGAAGAAGCCACCCUUGCCAGCGAGGAAAAGCCAGGUCCUUGCAGCCCCCAGCCCAGCGCUCCUGCGAGCCCCAGCCCGGGCCAUCGCCGGAGCUCGCUGGACGUGCUGCGGGGGGUGAGGUCGGAGCUGGCGGGUGCGCGGCAAAGGCUCUCGGAGGGCAGGGUGGCCGCGCGCCCCCGCGCCCUCCUGCAGCGCAUCCGCCACCGGGCGCUGAGCCUCUGCCACAGCUCCGAGCCCCGGGGCCCGGCGCCCCCGCCCCCCAAGGCACCCGCGCCGCCCCCUCGGCCCUCCACGGCUGGUGCCACGCCCCCGCUGCGGAACCACAAGCCCACGAUCUCGUCCCUCAGCCCAUACACCUGCCUGCCACCUCUUGGGCAGGAGCCCCAGCCUCUCAUCGCCCACAGAGCACACCCUGAUUCUGCUGACCUGCUGUCUGCCCUGAGCCAGGAGGAGCAAGACCUCAUCGGGCCGGUGGUUGCCCUGGGGUAUCCCCUGCAUAGGGCCAUUGUGGCUCUGCAGAAGACAGGGCGUCAAAGCCUGAGCCAGUUUCUCAGCUACCUGAGUGCCUGUGACCGGCUGCUGCGGCAGGGCUACGAGGAGGGUCUGGUGGAGGAGGCCAUGGAGAUGUUCCAGUUCUCUGAGAGCCAGGCAGGGGAGUUCCUGCGCCUCUGGGAACAGUUCAGCGACAUGGGCUUCCAGCAGGACAGAAUCAAGGAGGUGCUGCUGGUCCAUGGUAACCGCCACGAGCAAGCCCUGGAGGAGUUGGUGGCCUGUGCCCAGUGACCACUGUGGCACCCUGAAGGCCCAGGCCCUGGCAAUCCAGUUUAACUACAUAGCACAUAAGAACAACAAAGCAAUGCAUACUCAUUGUACAAAUGCAAACAAUGCCAAGGGUGGGAGCAAAUACUGUAGGGGAGGCUGAACUUGACCCAUCGUAGGUUUUCAGCUAGACCAAUUAACAAGAGAAAAAAAGUUGAUCAAUACAUGCAGCACACAUCAUGUGGGAGGAACUGCAAUGAAAAGUAACUCAAAGCAGCAGUUUAGUACUCUGGCUUACAUUUUUUUUUCUUUAAUCUUUUUAAAAAAAAAAAAUCAACAAAGAACAAACUUGUAGAGAGAUAAUAGGACAAAGCAAAUCAGUUUUAGGUUUCCAAAAAAGGUAACCUGUUAGAAGGUAAACGUAUGGGAAGGAACAAAUGGAGUAGGUUCAUUUGCAGAUUCCUCUAGUGCAGCGGUUCUCAACCUGUGGGUCACAACCCCUUUGGGGGUCAAACG